GACGAUGCCAACUUCAUCAACUUCUGUACAGGAAAGACUCUUACCAACGGUCUCCAGGUCAAGGGAGGUUCUUGCAAUGGUAUCGUCAUGGGCGAUAUCCCAUCGAAUACUAAGAUGGUUUCUGCUAUCAUGAUCAAUCCUAAGCACAAUGACGAAAUUCAAGAAAACCAACCCAUCAACUUCCAGGUGCAAAUCGCCAAUCUUCAAGCUGGAUCGUUCACAAACCCUGACGUCACUUAUUACGCUGCACCACAAGCUCUCCAAGGCGGCACCGUGGUUGGGCACACCCAUAUCACAGUUCAGGAUAUGGGCAACAAUCUGAACCCGACUCAAGCUCUUAACGCCCAGAACUUCGCUUUCUUCAAAGGUAUCAACGACGACGGCAAUGGCAACGGGUUGCUUUCCGCUGCGCUUGCUGGAGGUCUGCCAGCUGGCGUCUACCGUGUCUGUUCCAUGACUUCGGCGAGUAACCAUCAGCCUGUGCUCAUGCCAGUUGCUCAACGUGGAGCGCAAGAUGAUUGCAACAAGUUCACUGUCUCUGCGAACGCUGGGAAGGGAAAUGCCAACAACGGUCAAGCUGCCAACAACGGUCAGGCUGCCAACAACGGUCAGGCUGCCAACAAUGGUCAGGCCGCCAACAAUGGCCAGGCCGCCAAGGGUGGUCAAGCUGCGAAGGGUGGUCAAGCUGCGAAGGGCGGUCAGGCUGCGAAUGCUGGCCAGGCUGCGAACGCUGGUCAAGCUGCGAACGCUGGUCAAGCUGCGAACGCUGGUCAAGCUGCGAACGCUGGUCAAGCAGCAAAGGGUGGUCAAGCAGCAAAGGGUGGUCAAGCAGCAAAGGGUGGUCAAGCAGCGAAGGGUGGCCAGGCCGCUCAGGCCGCGCAAGGCGGUAAGGGAGGACGCCGGUUUGGACGACCCAAAUUCAGCGCUCGUGAGUUCGUUGCCUAA